AGCGUCGGCUAGGAUUUCUUGUGCAGUAGGGAGUUCUACUCGGAACAACUGGCAGCGUUUUCAGGGCUAUUGAGACAAAGAGGCCGCAAUUCAGUUUCCGCAACAGUGAGAUCUAACCGGUUUUGCGACAUUUUAGCGUUUUCGUUCGAGCAAACAGUGGGAGCAAUCUAUGGCGACUUGAGUUUCAAGACGGAGCAGUACAAGGAGCUACGCGCAUUCUACAACGCUUUGAAGCUAUGCAUGGGAGCGGCUGUCAAGGAGGAGUUUCUAUCGAUUCAACUGUUGCAGGAGUGGCACAAGAUGCUUAUCCCUGGCGGAGGGAAGUGGAGAACAAAAGAUGUGUUCGUGAGCUUCGAAGAUGGUCCUGAGAAGCGAAUGCCAUGCCUUCGGCUGGAGGAGAGGUUGGACGUGAUACUUUCAGAGCUGAAGCAACGCAUCGAGGCUUCCCGUGGAGUUGACGAAGCAAUAAUCUCGGCAGCAGGCACGUUUGUACACGGUAUGGAGAAGAUCCAUCCUUUCCUGGAUGGGAAUGGUCGCUUGAGUCGGCUAUGCUUAUACUUCCUCUUGCGACGGGUUUCUCUGCUGCCAAGCUUCUUUUGGAGCUCGGAAAAUGGAGAAGGUAUCGAUCGCUACACAGUUUUUUGCUGCUUCCAUGGACCGGAUCCCUCGCUCUUGAUUGAUACGCUGCGGACAGGAAUUCUUCUUGGAAGAAGAGCAGCUGUCGGAUUAAAGCAGGCCAUGGUUCCCUCCUUAAUCGACAACCAUCAAGCGGCCGUUUACAGUGAGAAGCUACAGUACCUUCGUGCUUACAAACUCAGUGUCGGGAGGAAAGUUUUGGUUCCGGUCUACCUGAGUCUCCAAGACCUUGUGAAGUUCCACACUCUUCUGCUAGCAGGCUCAGUUUGCGCGAAGUUGCAUCAGCACUGGAGCUCGUGGGCGGUUUCAACGUUGAGCUCGAGCGGACAGGAGGGAAAGUGAGCAAAUUCAUCGAGGCUGCUGCCAUGUUCUAUGUGGAUUUUAAGAAACAGAGACCAUUCCAGGUGAAAAAUCGCCAGGUAGCAAAGCUGUGCCUCGACAUCCUACUGAGAUCGGUGGUACCAGUCUGGUCGACUUUGCUCCUCGAUUCGGCAGUGGGGGAUUCUGUAGCAGAAGUUACUCAUUCGCUUCAGGAAGCUAUUGCCAUUGCAUGGUCUCAGCAGCAGCAGCAGAAGCUCCUGAUCUCGAGAGACAAGGUCUCCAGAUUGCUAGAUUUCGACGCAGUUCCAAAUGUUGCAGCAAAACGAGUGAGAGUUUUCCAGGAUCACGUCCUCGUUGAUCAAUGGUGCGAGUCUGUAGUUUCUAUGGACGUGGACGACGAUAUUACCGAGCUUGUAUAGAUGUCGAUGUUACCGAGCU